AUGUUGCUGUUCGCCGCUCUGUUGCUUCACGCCUUCUCCGGCUUUGUUGCUUAUAAUGUCUGUGAAAUGUUUGACCCCCCUAAUUAUUACAACGAACACCGGUAUUAUCAAUCCAGCUUCUACUUACUAAACGCGGAACAAGCUGAAAAAGUAUGUUUGUCUUGUGGCUGGUACCUGGCAGAAAUAAACAACGAAGCUGAAUUCAGGUUUGUGCAGACCCUGGCCAGGAGUGCAAACACUGAAGGUCUGCUGCUAUCUGGAAAUGACGUGAACAAGGAGGGCUAUUGGGUGUUUCAGACCAGUAAGCAACCGGUCAAAUUUUUUGACUGGUAUGGUGGAGGACCGGACAACUACCAAGGUCGUGAAGAUUACCUAACCAUUCAUUCAGAUUACGGCUACCAAAUGAAUGAUGUGUUUUUUGAACCGACCAGAAAUUAUAAGUUCUUGUGUGAAGUAGAUAAGUAG